ACCCCGUGUAUCAUUCUUUGUUGCCGCUUGGUGACGGCGUGUCACGCAAGUGUAAUGUGAUUGCAGUUCACCGCAUUGGCCGACAGGGGUCAGCGUUAACAGGUACCACACAGCAACCGCAGCAUCCCGGAUCAGAGAGAGAGAGAGAGAGAGAGGUGAGCAGUGAGCAGGCGAGAUGCUUCGCUCAGAGCGAGCUCGUUCAGUCAGCGGGUCUGCUGUGGGAGAGAGCGGGCGGUGAGCGGGCUGAAGGAGGGCAGACUGAACCUGUGAUUCUCAAAGGUUUGGCACCAGAUGAAUGAACAAGGCAUUUUAACUUCCUCAAAGCUGAUGUGAUGUCAUCAAGUGUAUUGCCCUGUUAAGAAACAAAUAAAUACAGCUCAUUUCUUUGGCGGUAUAUUGGAAUAGAAAUGGAAAUAAUGUGAGAUUAGGUUGUGAUUCUGCACUCCAUCCAAACUGUAAACUUAAAAGCCUAGGUACAGGCAAGUGAGAGAACAAUACUUUUGAUGGAUCCAGGAUUAUCGUGGAGCUUUUGAGAGGGAAGCUCAGACUUAUACAACAUGAAUGUGCAAGGAAAGAUACAAGCUGGUGAAGUCAACCAACAAGAAGAAAUACAGAACGAUGACAAGCAGCCCUUGACCGAAACAGUGGAAGAUGCCAAUGCCAAUCAAAUCACCAAAGAGAAUAUUUAUUCAGAUGACAGAGAGCAUGGCAGCCCACUACCUCCUCUGGUGUCGCACUCCGAAGCCCAGGAAAGGAUCAUUAUCUGGGGAACACAUGCUCGGUGUGAAGACCCUGAGCUUGAAGAGUUUGAACUGCUGGAGUGUCAAGAGUUAGAAACAUUUGUAGGGGAAGAAGAAGAACAGGUAGACAUGCAGAGUGAAAGAAGCAGGAAGGGAGCAAAGAACUUCAGUGACAAAGAGUUGUCAUCUACAGCCAUCAACACCACUGUUGGCUCCCCUUGGAAAGACCACAAUCAAAACCAUAAUGUGGGUGGAGAUGCAAAUGAGAACUCUCAGCCCCUUGACCUCAGGACCUCCAGCUCUCGCUCUGGUGUGAAUCGGACCCUGAGAGAUGCAAGAAGUGGUUCUGAGAGCAAUGUAUUUUCAUCUUCCCUUUCUGCAGUGACCAGCCUCAGUGGAAGUUUAGCCAGUGCCCUGGACAGUGCAGGCCGCACACAGCCUCUCUCUUCCCAGUCCACCAAGUCUACCUCAGACAAAGGCAGGAACCAGCAUCCAACUACUACCGAGUCCUACAUCCACUCAGAGAGAAACAGGGAGAUUCCCAGUGAUUUGGACCAAAACCAUAACUCUACCACUCUGCCUCAGGAACCACAAUAUGACCGAAGUAAGCUAAUGCAUCCUUCAUAUGGAGCAGUAAAACUGCAAAAAUUCCAAAUGGAAGCAGAGCAGAAUGCUGGGAAAAGGAUGUCAACCGAGGUGCCGAAAGGUAUGGUGAGGGUGCUACCUUCUUGUAGGCAACUAGUCCGCCCUCUUUCUACUGAAAAACUACUAACCUCAGGAUACCCCAGCAUAGACACCCAGGCAGACCAGCAACAAUCCCACUCCUCAGAGACAAGUCAGAGCCAUCCACAAGUGCUGCCUACUAAAGAGGUCAACAGCAAUCCCAAUGCAGACUCUCAGACACCUUCCAACCAGGCUUUUACACGAGAAGCCCAACACUUGAAGAGGCAAAAUUCAGUAGAUCGUGCUGCAAGACCCUCCAGCCUAGAAAGGAAGACUCACUUCAGCAGGCGAGCCUACAGCAGUCCGACUAGACCUUCAACACCUCCAUCCCCCAAGACCACAAAGUCUCCUCAAAGACAGCCUUCUUCCUCGCCCAUCAAGACUUUACCUUCUCGAUGUCCUCAGUUGGGUUAUGCUGGGUAUAGCUCGGGCUUAAGAACCCCAGUUAAAACCACAAUAAACACAAGCAUCCAUAAAAUUCCUCCACAGCAGGCAUUAAUGGAGACCUCCCCUCCAAGCAAGUGCCUGCCAAAACCCAAAAGUGUCCGGCCCAAAAUCAUUACGUACAUUCGGAAGACUCCCCAGGUGAAACCCCAGACUUUUGAAGGAACAUACGACGUGUCUUCCUUACCAACGAGACUCUCAGCAUACAGCAGCACACAGACCAAACCAACUGUCGGAGAUAAAGGGGAAGCUACUGUGCUGAGUGCCUCAAAUUUACUCUAUGAUAAGUAUCGUCAAGAGAUGCAGAAGGUCCGGUUCUUCUCGCCUGGACUCAUGGUGUCUGGGAUUAAGCCACCCAGCAACACUAUGCCCCAUAAAAUGACAGGCAGAGCAGACAGCUUCUAUGGGUCUCUCAACAAGCCUCUGUCUGCAGCGGCUGGUAGAUCUCCAUUAGCCAUUGGGUCUCCAGUUUCUGGAGCCGAGGACCCUUCUGGAUCCCCUAUGGGAGCACAGGAUAUGGGGAGUCUUUAUCGUCCACCACGAGGCCUAAGACCCCAGCUUGGCAUUGGUGCUGUUAACAGGACUCCCUCUGCUACUGCCAAGAACAGGAUGGUCCUAACAGGCCAGCCGAAGUCACCACUGACCCUCAGUCAACCAAUACAGGCAGUAAACCCGACCACCCAAAACCCUCAGGAAUCUCAAGAUCAGAGAAAGCCAGUGGCCACUGGGUUAGCUGCUAAAUCCCUCCUGCCGAAGCCAGCUCAGUCUGGGCUGCGCCCUCCCGGUUACUCGCGCCUCCCGCCGGCUCGUCUAGCCGCCUUUGGGUUUGUCCGGAGCUCUAGUGUCUCCUCUGUGUCCAGUAACCACUCAACUGACAGCACACGGAGUGAGCCCUGCCGACCUGCCUACCGUCCCAGCAGUGUAAGUGAUGAGCCGCCACCGCUUCACCGUGUCACCACGUCACCUCCUGGAGAUGGAUCCAGAGCACCGUGCCGUAGCACCCCUCAACCCCCCAACACCCCUGCACCCACACGUCGCUCCCUGCUGCCCCCUCCUCGAAGCUCCCCUGUGGCAUCCCGUAAGGAAUUCCAGAAGAGUUCUGAUGGCACCCGUUCAUCUCUCUCUUCCCCUAAGAGACUCGCUGUAGUGUCGCCUAAACCGCAGUCUCCAGUCCUUCAGAGGCAACAGAGGGCAACAGUGGUGAUCCGAGGCUCAAGCAUGCAGAUUUUGCCUCGUACUGGCUCUCCGGGCCCAGAGAUGAAAAAGGAAGGAGAACAGAAGAAAGAAAAAGAGCGAGAGGACGUAGAGAGGAAUGAAGAGAUGCAGCUCUUGCAGGGUCGCUGUGCAGAACAGGCCAGGCAACUACAGACUCUUCACACAGAACUAAAGAAAACCAGCAUGAGUCUGGAGGUCUUUGUGAUCUGCACUCAGCACUUCUCCCUCAAGAUUGAAAAUGCUGAGGAGAAAGAGAGAGAGUUGUCCCAGGAACUCAGUCGGAUUCAACAUGAAGUGGCCUUUAACGCAGCUCGCUGGGAGCGUCUUCAGAAGGAGAAGAGAGAGCUGGAGCAGUGUUUCGAGAGGGAGCUGAGAGAGUUACAGGUCCAGCAGGAGUCUGAACUCGCUACUGUAGAGGAGAGCCUGAGAUUACGGCACGCUUCGGACCGAGACCAUCUCAGAGCAGAGCACCAGUCUGAGGUGGAGGAGCUGUGCACACAGCACCAGGAACAGAUUGAAGAGUUGACCUCCAACCAUGAGGCCGCCCUUGAAGACCUGAAGACCAUGCACAACAUCACUAUGUCAACACUCCAGGAAGAGCAUGCCAGGACCAUGAGGGACUUGAGGAAAGCCCAUGAGCAGCAAAAGGCCAGUCUAGAAGAGGACUUCGAGAAACUGCGCCUCUCGCUUCAGGACCAAGUGGACACUCUGACUUUCCAGAACCGGACUCUGAAAGACAAAGCCAAGCGUUUUGAAGAAGCUCUGAGGAAGAGCACUGAUGAACAGAUAGUGGAUGCACUGGCACCGUAUCAGCAUAUCGAGGAGGACCUGAAGAGUCUGAAGGAGGUUUUGGAGAUGAAGAACCAGCAAAUUCAUGACCAGGAGAAGAAGAUCUGUCAUCUGGAGAAAGUGCAGGCCCAAAAGAACCUGUAUCUGGAGGAGCGGGUCCAGGUGCUUCAGCAGCAGAAUGAAGACCUGGUGGCCCGCAUUGAUCGCCAUCUCUCAGUGUCAAGACAACUGUCUGAGGAGAACGCAAACCUUCAGGAAUAUGUGGAGAAGGAGACCAACGAGAAGAAACGCCUGAGCCGCAACAAUGAAGAGCUGCUCUGGCUUCUCCAGACGAGUCCCCACCUGUCGCCUUCCUCUUCUCCCAUCCACAGAGCCUUCUUCCCCGGGCCUGAUAUCCCUCCUUACCCUUACUCUCCGGGUCCCGGGACCCCCACACACUCCUGUUCUCCUGGCCCCUCUCCAGCACCAGGGACGCCCACUCUUAGAGGCUCACCAGCAGCACGCUCGUCCCCUGCCCGGAUCCCGAACGCCAACACUUUACCCAGAUGAGCUGUUUUACUGAAUCCCAGUCACAUCGCCCAUUCUCUGUUCCUGUUCGUUGUGACAGAAUUGUAUCAUUCUGGGGUGCAGACCGUCCCUGUUUUCCUGAGAAAAUCCUAAUCCUUUAUUAGGAUAAUGUCAACCCGAAAUGGUCAGACAGCCUUUUUUUUUUUUUGUAUCAGAAAUGCAUAGCUUCAGAAUGAAAGAGCUGUUGAUGCUAAUGCUUAUGAUGUGCUGCCAGCAAUGCUUGGUCUGCAUGGAGGCAGGAUCAUUUUUGUGUAUUAUAGAAGUAGCUCAGCGUUGACUCUAAAACAUGCUGUUGGACUCCAACACAAAUGUCUGUUGUUUCUUCUGAAUGACAUACGAGAACUUUAUACAACAAAAAGCACUUUAGGUUUCUGCCCUACCUUCUUCCUACAGAUAAGUGCACCAGCAUCUUUCCUGGUCUGGUUUAUUUUUUUAUGCGAUAUGUCUUCUGAUUUCACAAAUCUCCCAAGUUCUGAUUUAGAAUGUUUCGAAUUAGUCAAGACAUAUAUACUGCAAGAUGUAAUUUUCUUAAUUUAUUUCUUACUGUAAAAAUAUCUACAUAUUCUUAACAUUUUUGCAUAUUAUUAUUAUUAUUAUUAUAUAUGUAUACACUACCAUUCGCAACCUGAUCUCAUGACGAAAACGUACCUUUGGGAAUUUUUCCGCAAGACACGAAACACGUACUGCCAUGUAUAUUUCGUGACAUAUUUGUGAAACGUCCACUUAGUGGUGCUAAAAGAGUUCAUAUGAAUGUGCAUAUGGUAAAUUUUAUGUGACAUUGGUUUUGUAGUCACCACAGUUCUGACUUGAAGUGUCCAUUGAGUGGCGCUAUAAGUCUAAAGUUCCAUGACGUUUUCAAAUGACGCACCAUCUGCAGUGAUAUGUACUUAUUGUUACGUAUUUCUACAUCUUACGUUUUCGUAAUGAGGUAGACCAUUCAAAAGUUUGGGCUCAGUACGUUUUUUAAAAAUGUUUUUAGAAGUCUAACCAAGGUUGCGUUUAUUUGAUAAAAAUAUACAAUAAAAAUUGUAAUAUUGUGAAAUAUUAUUACUGUUUUCUAUUUUAAUAUAUAUAAAAAAAAUGUUUAAAUAACUGUAGGGGUAAACAAAAAUGCUUAUUAAGAAAAUGCUUUUUGCAGUAUAAAGGCCUUUUCUCAUCAUCUUAACAAACUGCAAUACCUAGCACUGGUGCAUGAGCAGUUACAGUUUUCCUGGACCCUCCGAAAAGACUAAUCCAGCUCAUAUCAAAACCAGCAAGUGUUUCUUCAUACACAAAUCCGUUUACUGACAUGACACCUUCGCUGGCACAGAUUCAAUGUGCCCAUUUUUGCUGGUUGCCUGGUUAACAAGACAAACAAACUCUUCAGCAUCACGCCUGUUCAUCCUAACUUACCUGACAAAAGCAAGUGCUCUCACUUCAUGCAUGACAUAAAACAGGGAGAUCAAGCAAAUAUAUAGGUACCGACUACAGGAAAUGUUGUAAAUUGUAGUUGUAAUUCUGAUUAUUUAAUGGACAUUUUGCUACUUGAUGUGCAUGUGAUGUAAGUCUUCCAUUUUUAAUGUGAGUCCUAGGAUAGUUGUCAUGUUAGCGUAGAUACUCGGACUCCUGAGGAUGAUAGCUUCCACCUCUGAUGAGUUUUUGAAAUGUUUGAGGACAGUACUUUACCCGUAACUUCUAGGACGUCCCACCUGUCAGAGGUGUGUUGUUUAAAGGUUUUACAGAGGUACAAUAUGGUAGUUGAGCGUAUGUUUGGAUUUAUCUCUAUUGUAAUGCUGGUUAACUCUCGUAUUACCUCUGUAGAGUGUAGCAUAACAGAGAGAGGUUUCUCUGUAUGAGUGAACUAGAAAAGAAUGUAACUGUGUCUUUAAAUGUCGUAUGAUAAAGUUCAGGGAAAUUAUUUUGCUCAGUUUUAAAGGCAGUUCUCAGUUUUUCAGUAAAACAUGAUUGUUUUUAAAUGAAAAAUACAAUUGCUCUUGCAAAGUGGGUUUUGAUAUUUCAAAACAAAGAGGCCAUUUCUUUGAAUUUUUGAAAAUUUGGAUUCAAAUUUUUUCCGUUUGUGUGUUUCUACAAUCGAUGCAUCUUUCAACGGGCAACCUUUGACACUUUUGAUACAAAUGAGAAGUUUUGUAAACUCUUCACUGAUAAUAUUGUUUUCUAUGAUCAGAUGGUGCUUGUACAGGGUAUCAUACACAGAAGGACAAUAAUCUGCUAUUCAAGACCAGCAAUCUACAAAAAAUCCACACACACAGCAAACAUGUAUUUGCAGACGUUUUUCUUCAUUUGAGACACUAUUGUUUACAGUUAUUUUUUUCAUUACUGUGAAAUGUAUUUUUAUUCUAUUUCUUAUGCAUUUUCAAGUUAUGUAGCUUUGCAUUUUGAAUUAGUUUCAUUUGCUUCUGUCACUGUGAUGGAAAUGAUUUUUUUGUUCAAUUUUUGCUACUCUGGCACAGAUUCUAAAGAGUUUUCUAGAUGUUUCCCGUCAAGCACAAUUCUGUUUUAUACCACACCCAAAAAAGUUUCAUAUUUUAAAGUGUGUUUUUUAAAAUUAUAAAUAUAUAUAUAUAUUAGACUACAGCAGAUCGUUUUACAUUAGCAACGUGACUACAAUUCAGAAUAAUUUUGAUUCACAACAAAAAGUACAUUAAUGUUCCUUGAAUGUGCCUUUUUUAUUGUGCAAAAGUAGCAAAAAUGAAAAGGUUUAAGAGUCAAUAUGCUUCUAAUAUCUGGCUUAAUAAUACAAGAAAAUUAAUGCAUCUUUUGAAAUAUUUGUCAGCUUUUUUAUUUAUUCUUUUUAUUAAAUUUUUUUAACCAAAUUAUUUUUCAAAUAAUAUUUUUUUUAUUUAAUUUUAUUUUGUUGUACUUUUUUCAUAUUGUGUAUUUAUGUUCUGAAUUAAUGUCUCAACAAAAAACCUCAGCAACCUCAAUCUGCACCUGCUAUGGUUUAUAACAAAGUACAAAAUUGUUACUAAUCUACAUUUACUGAAAGGAGUAAAUAUGUAUUUAAUCUUAUACUUAAAUCCUGUUUUGUUUUCUCAGUGGCCCUCAAGAUGACCUUCACUAUGGCAUUAGUCCAUAGAUUAUAAUGAAUGAUAUGAAACAACAGACACUGACUCUUUGUCCUGUGGACAUCUAAACUACUGAAUGUGAACUUACCCCUGAAAAAACUGACACAGUCAAUGUAAACUGAGAGUGGUGGAGACACUUAUUGAACUGAAUUAAAUUUGUCCCUCUGUCUACUUACUAACAUUUGACUUCUAUUAUGUCUUUUCUGACUGGAUUUACAGUCGUUUGUAAGCUAUUUAUUGUGUUUUAGUGCACAGUAAUCGAUGCAUGUUUGUCUUGGAUGGAUCAUUCCUUCCCCUUGUACGUUUUCAAAUUGUGAUGGUUCACGCUGUAACUGUAGCAUAGGAAGUAUAAGGAAUGGAAAGAAUUUAUAUAUAACUCAUUUGUAAUCACUAUGGGGGCUGGGGAUGAAUAUUAAAAUGUUUCAAAAUAAAA